GCUACCACGCCGCGCCCACAGCUUUCUGCCGCCUAGAUUGUCUCAGGAGUUAGCGUUGCACAUACCAACACACGAAUCUCGUUUCAGCACUAUGAGUUACGGCGGAUACAGCCAGGUUGGCGGCUACGGCAAUGACAACCCCUACGAUGAGCGCGCCGACGACCGACAAACGGGCAGGUACAACAACUUUGCCCAGGGCCGAUACGAUGAGCAGUCCGACGUCGAGAUGCAGCCCUUCAACGGAGCCGGCGUCGACCCCAAUGCCAUUCUCAACGACUGCCGCGAGGUUGACCGCUCGCUCGACCAGAUCAACUCCCAAUUAGACAAUCUCGAGCGGGCCUUCAAGCAGUCCAUCGCGCGCCCUGACCAGUCGACGAGCGAGGUCACUUCUCUGAGCUCCCAGGUCAUGACCGGGUACCGCGCUCUCGUCAGCCGCGUGAAGAACAUCAAGUCGAAGCCUGAGUCUGGCAGCCCCCGCAAUGCCCCCCAGGUCGGCCGUGUGGACAGGCGCCUCAAGCAGACCAUCAACCGCUACCAAACUAUGGAGGCCGACUUUCGAAGAGACUCGCAGGCUGCCGCAGAGCGACAGUACAGAAUCGUGAAGCCCGAUGCCACCGAGGCUGAGGUUCGCGAAGCCUGCGAGAACCCUGACACCCCUAUCUUCCAGCAAGCUCUGCUCAGCUCUGACCGACGCGGCCAAGCGCAAUCGAGCCUCCGAAAUGUCAAGGAGCGCCACGAAGCCAUCCAGAAAAUCGAGCGCCAGAUGGUGGAGCUGGCCCAGCUGUUCACCGACCUCGACCAGAUCGUCAUGCAGCAGGAGCCCCUGGUCAUGAACAUUGAACAAAAGGGCGAGGAGGUCCACGAGAAUGUGGUCAAGGGCAACGAGGAGAUCGGUGGCGCUAUUGAGAAGGCGAGGAGCCGUAACCGCAAGAAGUGGUGGUGCCUCCUCAUCGUCCUACUCAUUAUCAUCGUCAUUGCCGUUGUGGUUGGCGUCGUGGUUGCCAUCAACAAGAAAAAUUGAUGCUUCUAGCCUAAUCACGACAAUCGAUUACAUACUCCGAGUCAACCCAAUUCCUCUCCUAGCCGCUACAAAAGUUUAAUACAGCAGCUAUGCGGUAGCUCCGCACUCUUCCCACUAAGAUAUCU